CAAGUUCCCCAACAAAAAAGGGGCCAGUAUCCGCUUUAGAGAGCGUCUCACAUAAGGUGAGAACUGCACGAAGAGCCAGCGUGUCAUCGAAAAAGAUAAGCUGUCCAGAUGAUGACGGGUCAGAUCGAUUGUCGAAACUGGAAAGGGAGGGACCGAAUGUAGUAAUGGGUAGGCAAAUUGUGAAGAUAACACCCCCGCCAAUUACUACGGCAUCCAAAAAGGUAGGUACACCUGUCGUCUCGACUCGAGGCAGACCGUGCUCUCCAUGCUCACCGCGCUCACCGUGCUGGCUUAGCAGCUUCCUGGGUUCAAGGGACACCAAGCAGACUCAAACAUACAUCGACGAAGGUGUCGUGCCCCAACCUCGUUCAACGAAGGGUGUUGAAAUUAUCGAAGGUCUGUCUGAACAAUCAUUAGACAUUGAGAUUAUGCCCAGUCAGAAAUCAAAAUCAACGCAGAAGCCCUCUUCGCGAAGGGACAAGUCCAGGAGUUUAAAACAAGCAGGUCCAAAAAAGCCAUCUCACAAAUCCAAAGCAGACUCUUCGUCAUCCAUAAAGACAGAUUUAAAGAAAAACGAUGUCGUAGCCAAAAACAUACAGUGGGAACCUGACACCGGAACAAGCGAAAAAUGUGACGACGGCCUGUCAAUGAAGAGUUUUGAGGAAACACCAGAAUCCAAAGAGUCUUUGAAGAACACGUUGAAAAGGCGCGAAUCCCGAGACAAUCGUACUAAGGAAGAAGCGGGUUUCAAUGAUAUCGCUGGUCUUGCAGUAACUAUAACCACACAACGCCCAGAAGCUGAAAAUGUAAUACCCACGAAAGAUGCCACUGUAUCAUUAAUGGGACAGCCAAGCCAAGUCAAGUUGGUCUUUCAUGACAAUAGUGGCCAAGCAAAACCUGUAGAAAACGGAAGUAGCCAAACAAAAAUGUCUAACGUGCAAUCUGACAAGCAGACGGAAGAAAAGAAAGUACACUUGUACUUCAAUGGUGGAAGACCCGAAAAAUUGGCCGUCAAAAAACCCAAACCUGUGAAGCCCACAAAGUCAAACAAGGAGCGUGAAGAACGCCUUGACGCUGUUUCCGUCGCAUCCGCAAGGAGGUUGUCAAAGAUUGAAGCUUCUGGGCUGCCCAAAGUGAGCUCUCGAACUAUCGCCAAGUACAAGACGAAGAAAGAAGCAGCAACGAAAAAGAAAGCUGCAAGAGAGACGAAAGAAAAUCACAUGGGCACAAGGACGAGCAUAUUUGAACGAAGCACAAGAUCCAACACGUCUACACCUUCGUGGGGGAGCACCACAAGCAUUGAGGCUGAGAUGCAACAAGAAAAUGCAGCUGUACUUCGCAUUCCGGAAAAGCCCAAGGUCUUGCCAUCAGAAACGUACGUGAUGGCAGUCUCGACCACUGAUGCUGUUCCCCCUGGUGGUGAUGCAGCGAUUCCUCAGCGUGCGCUAAAUACUGGUCAACCGGACGGUACAAAACCGCUGGAUGAGGCCUCCAAAGGAAAAAGAAGGCAUGACAGCCUAAUAGAAGAAAAACCUGCUCGGCCGAACGACAGUAUAAUGGGUGGCCAAGACCGCCAAGGCUUACAACUCGACGCUGGUCUCAGUGCCCGAGCAUUUGACGAUGAGGAAGUUUCCGGAGAGAUCACGAAAGGGCACCCAGCAGACAUACCAGGGGAAGCUGAAGGACACCUUUCAGGAGAGUCCGCGGAACAAGAUAAGGUGGAGGCUUUGAAGAGCGUCGCAGAUGGGGCUCCAGAGGGCGGUUCAUUGGAAGAAACUCAGCAAACUUAUUCCGUAGAUUUGGAUGAAAAACCAGAACCAGCUGCAAGAAAGGAUAUUAACCCUGCUCAACAGUCGUUCUCGCAGGAACUCCCAAGACAUGAGGUGAAUGACGCGCGGGCCAUUCAACUUGAGUCGCUACCCAGGCCAGCCCCGCUGAGAGGCCCCGAAGCGCAGGACAUCAGCUUCUGGGACUUAGGGGGGCCCGCCAGGCUGUACCCGGAAAGCCGAUUUAUCUUGGCCCUGAGCACUGCCGGAACACUCUGGGUGCUCUUCAUAAUGUUUACGACUCCGAUGGAUCCAAAUAAGCAUACUCUUCUUGAGAUCGCUCCAAAAAAGAUGACUGUAUCACCACAACCUCGUUUCCUCGCAGACAGGGACACUUCCGACACGUGGGCGAUCGGGACAACGACCAAUGCGACGGAAGACACGACAGUAGACACGACGGUGGAUACGACCAUGACGGACGAAGCAACCUCCCCGACGUAUCCGCGGUCAUUCUACGCUUGCAAUACGCCGUACUGUGAACGCGAAGCAUCUUACCUACGGAGCCUGCUCACCGGCAACCCUUGCUCAAACUUUUACAGCUACGCUUGCAAGCUAGAAACCAACCUCUGGAAGCCAAGCUUGGGAAGCUCCGUUUCUAGAGACACCCUGCUGGGGGACCAGGCUGAAAAGCUUAUCACAAGCUACAUUUUAGACAAGAACCACCACGAUAUGAAAGUCGCCAAAGAUCUUCUUAAGGCGUGCACCGACCGCGGCGAUUCUGAUAGCUGGCACCGUAUGGAAAUGAAUGAACUCUUCUUCGAGUACUUCGGUUCAACCUGGCCUGUGGACGAUAAGCCCGUGACGUCAGAAGGAGUUUGGGCCAUGGCUGGGCGGCUGGUCCGAGAUCUUAAGCUGGAAGCCUUUGCCGCCAUUUCCAUUGAUGUACAUCCCGAAAACAAGGCCGCCCACGUAAUUGGAAUUGACGAGCCCAACUUGCUGUACCGGGACGGAGAUUGGACAAAGCCGGCUUACACAGAGCUUCUAACAGGCGCCAUCGAGCAGUCCAUCAUGUUCAUGAACGCAGACGCCAACGUCCGGCUCCACAUCUCUAAUAUCAAGCAAACUAUGGUGCUCUUCGCAAAACUGGUCGCUGGUCCCAACGUAAGAUACAUGGGCGUAGAGAACUACCGCCUCUCUAAGGUGCGCCUCCUGGCGUCUGGAGUGAGAGCGUUCCUUGGCGCCGCUUUCUUGGACACAGUCGCUGUAACGGACGGUACGGACAUUAUGGUCAAAUCGCCCCUGUUCUUCGAGAGACUCGAGCAUGCGGAGAGUUCCGAAUUCAGUCCGACAAAUCUGCUCAACUACCUCGGCUUCAGGGUCAUGGUGUAUUUUGGAACGUUCCUUGAACAACGACUCUUACGUCAACUGCGGGCUAUUGAAGCCGGCUUUUCCUAUCAGGAGAACACAACAUUGGAAAGGUUUUGCACAAAAGAAGUCGAGCGUAUCCUCCCGGCUUUUUACUUGCGUGCCUACUCGCUCCAAAUGACAAAAACCAGUCUCUUGCCCAAAUCGUGGACGUCGAAAUUGGAACGAACGUUCAUCCAGCAACUUCAACGCGUGGCUUGGGCGCGGGACCCCAGGGGCACGACAGCGCCUUCUGACAGUGACGUCCGGAUGGCCAAAUAUAAAAUUCUCAGUCACACGAUCCAACCUUCUACUCCAGCUUGGGUUCUGCAAAACGCAAGUUUCCUAGAGUACCACCGUGCACUGCUUCACCACUUGGAGGUGUCUUUGAGUCUGGACCCCACAAGCGUUCUGAAACGCAUCAUACUCUUCGUUAGACUUGUACAACGGGAGCGCUUGCGGGAGCCUUGGGCGCUCAAUAACACGACGACGAGUUCUGUGUUCGACAGCGAAGCCAGAUACGACGUCCAGAGAAAGAACGUGCACGUUCCGAUGGCCAUCAUCAACGCGUCGGUGCCCGCCAACAGCACGGCCUUUGUUGUGCACAUUUCUCGGUACGGCGUCCGCAUAUUCAAGGCAUUGAUACCGGCCCUGUACCAGGAAUACGUGUACGAGGCAAAUCAGCAUGAUGAGGGCCCCUUGCUAUACACCGACGGUUACCAGGAACGCCUGCGGGACACUGUCUCUUGUCUUCUUAGUCAAUACAAACUCCUCGCUGGGCAACUCAAGAGCACAUUCCUGAAAGGGAUCCCAGACCUCACAUCGGCCGGACUCGCCAUCCUGGAACAGACCCUGGCUCUUCAGCAGGCCUACUGGACUUUCCAGGAGUUUUUGAACAUUAAGCGUGUCUGGAGGUCCGACUUCAGGCUCGCGGGUCUGCCCCAACUCAGCUCAGAGCAGCUGUUCUUCGUGGCGUACGCGCUGGACAACUGCGAAGCCAGCGACGACCUGUUCCGAAGUCACCGUUUCCACACGACGUUUCAGCUUCCCCCGGAAGACCGCGUCAACUUCCCGCUCUCCCAGCUCGAGGCGUUUGCACAGGCCUUCUCCUGCCAGCAGGAGUCGCCAAUGAUCGGCCGCAAACGCUGCCCCGUCUUCCUCAACGAUCAACAGCCCAACGCUUAAGUUCACACGCUUAACUUGUGAUCUCUCAGAGCUAUGCUGGACGAGAGAACACAUGGCGCCAUCUAUCUGGUAGCCUGGAACAUCUGGCAUUUCCAUAUACUAUUCU